CAUGCCAAGGCGUAAGAUCCCGAACCUCUGGCACAGCAACGGCUUAUCUGCUGCUUCUCUCGACUUUUUACUUUGGUAAACGCGACGUCGUACCUCUCGUUUCGUAUUUAGGCGGAAGUUGUAGAGUCUCGGGGCGUUCGGCAGUGGUCGCACGCACGAGACUUUUCUUUGGCGACGAAUUUGAUUUGAUCGCGCCGAAUAAUUCGAGCACCGCAAUUAUGAAUAAAUUCAACGGGAAUAAGUUCAAGAUGGAUUAUUCGCAAUUCAAAACGGAAGUUUCCAAGCGCAGAAGAUCGGCCGCUACGAGAGAACUGACAAAAAUCGCCUACUCGACGCCGCACAGCGUCAUUUCUCUGGCCGAGGGGAUGCCAAACGAGGAAACCUUCCCGUUCACGGAGAUCUCCAUAAAGCUGAACGACGGCUCCGAUUUCGUGCUCGAAGGCAAUGAGCUCGCUGCGGCUCUCCAAUACAUUCCCAGCCAGGGCUUUCCGCCUCUUCUGCAGGUAAUAAGAGAGUUUCAAAGGAAAGCACACGCCCCACCACUGUGGGAUAGUCGCGAAGUCUUGAUUGUAGCAGGUGGACAGGACGGACUGAGCAAAGCACUCGAAGCUAUUAUCGGACCCGGUGAUCCGAUUUUAGUGCAAAAUCCGGUUUAUCCGGGCGUUAAUGUAGUGAUUACGCCUCACAACGCGGAGCUCAUCCCGAUCGAGCAGGACGAUUACGGUGUAAUACCGAUCUGCUUGCGCAAGCGGCUACAGGAGCGCGAGGCUUCUAGUCUGAAGAUGCCAAAGAUUAUGUAUAUUAACGCGACCGGCGCCAAUCCAACCGGCACAGUCAUGCCCCUGGAGAGGAGGAAGCAGAUCUACAGGAUAGCCUGCGAGUACAAUUUCCUCAUCCUCGACGACGAUCCCUAUCACUUUAUGUACUUCACCGACGAAGCGCCGAGAUCGUUCCUAUCAUUGGAUACGGAGGGGCGCGUGAUAAGGUUGGACUCGUUCUCGAAAGUCUUGAGCAGUGGCUUGAGAAUUGGCGUAAUCACGGCAGCUUCGCCUUUGGUAGCGAGUAUCGAGCUACACAUGCAAAGCAGUCAUCUACAUGCUCCAACCUUGUCUCAGGUGAUUCUGUAUAAGCUCUUGAAAAUCUGGGGCUACGACAAAAUGAUGGAGCACUUCCGCAGGAUAAGAAGCUUUUACAAGGAGAGAAGAGAUCUCAUCGUCAAAGUAGCGGAAGAACACUUAUUAGGCAUAGCAGAAUUCUCAGUGCCGAGUGCCGGAUUUUUCUUAUGGAUAAAGGUCCCUGGUAUCGAAGACACAUGGAAAAUGGUAAUGCAACGAGGCGUCACUCAUGGGAUUCUCGUGGCUCCUGGUGCUGCUUUCAUGGCCGACACCUCCAAGCCUUGCAACGCCAUCAGGGCGAGUUUCGCUAAAGCUUCCUACAAGGAAAUGAAUGUGGCCAUCGAACGGCUGGCGCUGCUCAUCAAAGACGAGUUGGCGAAAAAUAGGUCGAUCUUGAAUGGCAACACGUGAGGAUUGAGAUCUACGGAUGAGGAGACACAUCGGACGACCUUUCACCAAUCAGCAAUUCGGCUGAGGGCCAAGCCGACCGCUGGUAAGCCGUGGAGCC